GGAAGAAAGUACAUGGGUUGCUGCGGAUUAGUCAGUUUCUCAGAUUCUGGGUGCGGAUUCGCAGAGAUGUUUGUGGUAUGUGUUGGCCAGGAGGGACUCAGAGGUUGUAGUCACUUCACCUGCAGGAGGCUGGCUUCUCUGCUGAGCCUGACCUGUUUGUGGUGAGGAGGAAGGCGGCUCAGGAUGAGCGAGCCUCGGGACUUCUGGGAAGAGCCCAUCUGAGAAAGCCGGUCUGCGCUCUUGCUCGGGGCCACCUUAGAGUAGGCUGAUGCGUUAGUGGCUUAUCAUGGCCCAGCGAGCGAUGUGGCUCAUAAGCCACGAACCGGGAACUCUACUGUGUGGCACCGUCAGAUUCUCCAGACGGUAUCCAACUGUUGAAAAACGAGCCAAAGUCUUCAAUGGAGCAACUUAUGUGCCUAUUCCUGAAGAUGAUCCCUUUCUUAAAGCACUACUCUUCGAACUUAGAUUAUUGGAUGAUGAUAAGGACUUCGUGGAAAGUCGUGAUAGCUGUUCACACAUCAAUAAAACAUGCAUCUAUGGACUCCCAGUAGGAGGUGAAGAACUCUGGCCAGUUGUUGCUUUUCAGAAGAAUGGCCUGAUAUAUGCUUGUGUUCCACUAGUUGAACACACUUUGUCCCCUCGUCCACCAUUAAUUAGCAUUAGUGGAAUUUCACAAGGCUUUGAACUUCUUUUUGGAAUACAGGAUUUUCUUUAUUCAGGUCAAAAAAAUGACACUGAGCUAAAUACAAAAUUGAGCCAGUUGCCUGACUUGCUUCUACAGGCUUGUCCAUUUGGAACUUUAUUAGAUGCCAAUUUACAGAAUUCAUUGGAUAGUAUUAAUUUUGCUUCUGUGACUCAUCCACAAAAACAGCCAGCCUGGAAAGCUGGAACAUACAAAGGCAAACCACAGGUUUCUAUUUCAAUCACUGAAAAGGUAAAAUCCAUGCAAUAUGAUAAACGGGAUGUAGCAGAUACGUGGCAAGUUGAUGGAGCUGUCACUUGCAAGUGUGAUUUAGAAGGAAUCAUGCCGAAUGUUACCAUCAGCUUGAGUCUCCCCACCAAUGGAUCUCCACUUCAGGAUAUUCUAGUUCAUCCUUGUGUGACUUCUCUUGACUCUGCCAUUCUGACGUCUAGUAGCAUUGAUGCAAUGGAUGAUUCUGCAUUUAGUGGACCUUAUAAAUUUCCAUUCACUCCACCUUUAGAGUCAUUCAACUUAUGCUACUACACUUCCCAGGUCCCUGUCCCACCGAUUUUGGGUUUUUAUCAAAUGAAAGAGGAAGAAGUACAACUAAAAAUAACAGUUAAUUUAAAACUUCAUGAGAGUGUGAAAAAUAAUUUUGAAUUCUGUGAAGCCCAUAUACCAUUUUACAAUAGAGGUCCAAUCACACAUGUGGAAUACAAAGUUAGUUUUGGCCAGCUCGAAGUAUUUCGAGAGAAAAGCUUAUUGAUCUGGAUUAUCGGACAGAAGUUCCCAAAAUCAAUGGAAAUUGGUCUUUCUGGAACUGUAACUUUUGGAGCCAAGGGUCAUGAGAAGCAGCCGUUUGACCAGAUUUGCAUUGGAGGUACAGCAUAUUUAAAGCUUCAUUUUAGGAUCUUAGAUUACACACUCACUGGAUGUUAUGCAGAUCAGCAUUCAGUUCAAGUUUUUGCAUCAGGAAAACCAAAAAUAAGUACAAACCGGAAACUAAUUUCUUCUGACUAUUACAUCUGGAAUUCUAAAGCUCCUGCUCCGGAACCAUCCAGUCAUACUCUUUAUUCUCUACCUGUCUUUCCAAAUGUGAGUCUCCUGUUUUGAAAGCAGUUCAUUGUCAAGUUGGACUUUACGUGACCAUCAAGAAAAGAUGAAAUCUCAAGGUUCCUCAAGACUUAAUCCAUGUCAGCUUUCUUCUUACAGAAUUAGAAGCAUUAUAAAAAUAUGCUUUGCAGAUUCCUAUUCAAUUAAAUUAUCUCUUGGUUUCUAUUUUUUAAUGAGUCUCCUAAGGAAAAGCAUAGAACAAGCUGCUAACUUCUUGAAAGAGAGCUAUGAUAGUUUGAAGGGAUAUUGCAUAUAAAUUUAGGGUUUGAAAUAUGAUUUUUUAAUUAAGGUCAAUCCUACUCAUUAUAAACUCUUAGUUUCAGCAAGGGAUUAUCAUGGCAUAAUGUCCUAUAUUCAAAAUUUUCCCAAGUAACAAAAAAAAAAUACAAUAACUGCCAGAUCAGGACUUUAACUUAUUCUAGCUUAAUCAUAGAUAAUCAGUAGUAAAAAUUUUCCUUUUGAAAGAAGAAAAAAAUAAUUUCCCUUAAGUUAUUUGAUCUCUCUUAAACUCAAGGAAAGCUUAACAUUUAACUUAUGUUCAUAUUAAUGGAGCCAUUUGGGCAUCUUGAUUGUAUAAAGUUCAGCGAAGAACACUAAGGAUAGGCAAGAGGCAUUUAUCUAGUGAGUAGGCAGAAAGUCAAUAUAAUAAUCCCCUGGGGAAAACUUUAUAAGCAAUCAGAAAAACCAGUGGAACUUUGAUUUGACAUUUCUAGAAACCUGAGGAAAAUCUAGGGAGACUGGAAAAGUAGAGGGCUGAUGGGGAACCUGAUGCCAUCUGUGGCCAUUCCAUUCUAACAUAACGCUACAGAACUAAAACCAAGUCAUGUUUUUAUCCCGUUGAGAUCAGCUGGGCACACUGCGAUCUUUUGAUUUUGUCUAGAAACCUGUCACUUCAGGAUAAUUUCUGAAGACAAAGUCUGUUUCCCGUUUGGUAGGUGACCUGUUUAAUGUUUUCCCUGUGUCUGGGAACUCCUUAGUGUAAUUAGCGACCUUUGAACUCCACAACUAAUCCUGAGCUAUUUUGUAUUCCCUACUCAUCUUUAAGGCUGGACCUUUCUUUUCUUCAGAGUCCGCUGCCACAAUUAAAGAAGAAACAGCUGCAUUUCAAAGGGAUUCCGAUUCCAGAAGCUUAAUCGUGAUUGACAUGUUCUUAUUCUAAGCUAUAAGACACUCUAAGAGUCCUUUCUUGGGUUAAAACUUCAAUCAUUUUCUAAAAAAUUAUCUCACUAUGGAUUUUAUUCAUUUCUUUGAUAACUAUUCUUUGCAUUUUUUAACUUGAAAGAUGCUUUGCGUUUGCGGUGAAUAUGAGCACCUACUUCCAGUUAAAGAUGUGGAUGGUGUCAGACCUACUCGAGAUGCAAAAUUGCUAAAUUCCCUUUCAGUGCCUAAAUAUGAUUAGGAAAUCUGAUGUCUAUCCUAUGGGUAAUUAUACUUCAGUAGACCCAAAAGGUACAGAAAGUGUUAAAUUUCUGAAAAUGGUCUCCAGAAAAAAUGGUUCAUAAUUUGGUAAAACCCUUCUUUUCUUCAUUUGUUACUAAACAAUAUUUUUAAAACUUUUUAAAGCCAGCAAUACCCUUACACUAGUGGGCAUUUUUUACUUUUUCAAUAAUUGGUUCAAAUGUCAAGAUUGAAGUAAAUAGCCUUGUUGGGAAUUCUUAGGAGAAUUAUUUGUUUAAAAAAAAUUUUUUUUCAUUAAAAUUAGUCCGUCUCAUAAAAUUUAAUUUUUUCACACCAACUCAAUAUAAAGACUUAAAAUUAUUGUGCUUUUUACAUUGUAUGAUUUAAGAUCUUUCAAAGCACAACUUUAUACAUAGUAACAACUGCUCACAUUUUCCUUGUGUUCUUUUUUUAGUAUUUCAAACUGCUUUAUUGACCUUCGUAGACUCCUGCAGCACCCCAGAGACGCAGGGAGGGCGAGUCACCAUCCAGAGCCUCUGUGGCGACUGCUGCCACAGCAGAAUGGUUGUUUCUAAGACAAAGGUCAGAAAAGGGAUGUUAAUAAACAGUCCUCAGGUUUAAGGGACUUUUUUAGGAUUACAUCUUAAAUUCCAACAAAUCAGAUUUAGGAGUUACUGAAAGUGAAAUUGAUCCAUCCCUCAUCCAAACUUUGCAAUACUUUCCUGUCCUGACAUCAUUUAGAUAGUUAGCUGUAUUAUCAGAUUAGAAACCAUUGUACCUGGCUGCUGAAAGGAAAAGGAGGCAAAAAGCUAAACAUGGGAUGAAUUCUGAACCUUUUAACCUGGCUGAAGUACGUUGGUCCCUGUUAUGCAAAUACCUUCAAUCCUCUGCUAAGUUCAGUGGAAAUAAUUUUCUUGAAUGACAGGUUUAUUCAGCAAGGAUUCAGUUGGUGAUUAAUCCCCCUUUGAUCUAGGGUAUUUCACUUAACUACCAGUUACCUCGUUCUGACAAAGUGCAACUGAGAUUAGGGAGAUCACUAGAACACUACCAGGGUGUGCGUUUAUUCUCUCUAACCUUUUAAAGCAAGGGCCAAGAAUGCAAUUUAUUUUCAGUAUUUGAAGAUGUAAAGUCCUGUCUGCUAAGUUAGAAAGUCAAUUGAAUACCAAAUGAAGUUUAUUUCUUACGUAAUAGAACAAACAUUUCUUUUUGCUUUGCCUAACAAUGAUUUUAGGAAACAUAGGCUUUGAAGAAAGAAGAAACAAAGACUACAUUCUAAGUAUAUCUUCUGGUUUUGUUUCAUGUACUGGACUGUAUGCUUACUGGCCCUGAGAUAACCCCAAAAUUAAAGCAGUGGCUACAACUUCUGUUUUAUUAAACUACAAGAUUUUUCCCCACCAUCCCCCAUUAAAAAAUGUCAUGCUAUGUGGUAAAGAAAUCCCAUUGGGGAAAACAUAUUCUAAUACACAAUUAUUCGUCUUAAAACUUCUGAUCCCAAAGCUUUGUUUGUUAACUUUGUCCUUUUUUGAGGAAAAGGAGCUUGUUAUGUUCCCAUUAUAAGAAUAAUUGCAUUCAUUUUUAGAAUGAAGACUUUUUUCAUAAAGAAAGGUAAAUGAUGCCUUACAAAAAUACUUCAGAGUAAUUAUUUUAAAUUAUCAAAAUAACCAUUUUCCAGAGUAUUGCAUACUACUUUUUCUGCCUUUUUCUCAUUUAACUGGGUACCACUUCCAUAAUUUUAAACUUUGAAAUAUUAUAUGGAGUUUUGCACAGUAUUAUAAGAAUAAAUUUUAAGAAGUGUUUCAUGCUAGGCUUCUCAAAGAAUUCUCUUUUAAACCAUUGUUAAUAUCAAUGUCAGUAUUUAUCUUGCAAGAUGUCAAAUUUAGGAAUUUAUUCCUCAAGUAUAUUUCAAACCCUUAAAAAAAGAAACUGAUUUGUAACAAAAUUUGUUUUUAAAUAUUAAAAUUAAUAAUAAUUAAUUUUAUUAUAGACAAAGCAUUUU